AUGAACACGGGGAACCCGGACGCUCGUCGACAUCAUCAGGCGCCCUUAGGGAUCGUCAACAUGAUAUCAAAAUCCUCAUUUCCAUCAGUCGAAUCAUAUCUAGCACUGUCACUAUGUGUUGCUGUAAUCGCUUCAGCCACCGUAUUCACCACGUUCCACUCGCAGCCAGAACUUCAGAAGCUGCUGGAAGAGGAGCUCCGAAACAACACACGACUAUCGUCUGCUUAUGGUUUGAACAUUGAGGCGCUGUCAGGGAACACGUUGUUCCAAAUCGCUCACUACAUUUUAUCGGAUACAACACUUAUAUGGGUUGCUAUCAACUCGUAUUUCGCAAUACUAGCAAUGUGUACGAAGCUAAUAAUCAAAUUAACCUUCAAGGAACUCGCGCGCCACGAGGAAACUGUUGCUCGCCAAGCGUUUUUAUCGUAUAUUCUACUUACAGUCGUAUACUUGUCAGUCGUAACGGGACCACAGAAAGGACACCGUGUGAUGCCAUGGAUGAUUUGGGGAGGAGUCUGUGGUUUCCUCUCGCAUUUACAGUUUGUUACUUGCCAACGACUGAAAUAUACUUCGCCGUCUUGUGAUCGUGGAAGCCAAAAGGUUUCAAUCCUUUCUGUCUUCCUCUUCAUCGUCUCGAUUGCUAUGUCGGUCAUGGUCUCGCGGUUCCAGCAACAUUUGGAAUGGCAACCAGCAGUACUUCUGUAUUUUGAUUGCCUUCUCGCUCUAUUCCGCUCGACAUACAUCUUGUUUCGAUGCACCUCGUCGUCUCGUUUAUUCUCUUUCAACCCAGAUUCUGUUCGCCACUUCAAUUAUUGGCUCGAACUCAUCACGAACUUCGUCUGUGAGCUCAUUCAGAUGUUCAGCUACGCUCAACUUUUCGUUGUUUCUCCUGGACUUAAUCUGACGAGCCUUUUCUUUUUAUAUCAUAUGAAGCUGACAUACAAUUGCAUGAGAGAACAAUUGGGUCGGCAUAGAACGCACAAGAAGAUUUUCGAGCACAUUGAAAAUUCGUAUCCAUGUGUGAAAGCUGCCAACAGUGACGAUAGAUGUGUUGUGUGCUGGGAAUUGCUCGGUACUUCUCGUCGUCUUCCGUGCUCUCACCAGUUCCAUGAUUGGUGUCUCAUGUGGUGGCUCGCUCAAGAUUCGUCGUGCCCAACGUGCAGAUGCAUCAUACCGUCGCCUCAAGAUCAACUGAGAGAAGCAGAUGCAAAUAGCACGACCAGAGUGGUAUUCAAUGGCGGAACAUUCGGAUUCGUUCACUUUCCGCAGUUUCAUCUCGAUCUCGGGCCGUUCCUCAGCAGUUUGUUAGGAAGAGCUGCUGAACCAUCAGAAGAGCAGCUGCAGACAAUGUUGGAACAAGUCAGAGAAAUGUUUCCACAGAUGUCAACAGAAGCAAUUCUGACAGAUCUUCGACAAACGGGAAUGACACAAACGACUAUUGAGAACAUUCUGGAAGGACGUAUUGGAGUGAAUCCGUCGUUACUUCCCGGAGCAUUGGAUGAUGAGCUUUCUGAUGAGAGCGAAAAUGAGAUCGAGUAUGAAGAACCGAUCGAAGUGAUUCAAGAACCAGACAAUGGACGACAGCGGACAUGGACGAAGUUGAGUACGUCGUCUGGUGAUGAAGAACUCUCUUACUAUGAGAUUCAAAGAGCAAAGAUGAUUGAAACAUAUCGGCGGAAGUACUUGGCUUCAGACAAAGCUGCCGAUUUGCGAGCAAUGGGAAUCACAGAAUAA